AUGAGCCCUGUCGAACGUGUGGUGCGCUGGCGGCCGGCGAGACGACGCGUCGCGGGACGAAUGAGUGGUGGGAAGGGCGCGGCGCGCGCAGCGAGGGUGCUGUCGGGGGGCUGCGGCGCGGAGAGGCUGCGGGCGGGGGGAGGGUUAGGCUGCGGGUGGGGGAGGCGGUGCGCGGGGGAGGGGGCACGCGCGCGCCACCGAGCGGCGAACAGGUGGCCGCCGCGCCGGCCGGUUCUCCGCGCCCGCACCCCACCGAUAUUACUCUACACAGGAUUAACUUUAUUACACCGUACCCGACAUAAAAGCACACAACCAAGCCCGCCCACUACCCAGCAAGGCUGGACUCCCGAAAUCGCGAGCGCCCAGCAGGACCGAACG